GGUUUAAAAAUUUUAAAGAAAAGUACGGGCUUGUGGCAACACUGUUUGUCAAACUGAAGUAUAUACAAUUGGAAACAAAUACAUUUGUGGUUUUAAGCAUUUUGAAUUCACAGUUUUAAGUACAGAAUUACGGUACAAAUAAAUAUGUGAUUUUUACUUGUUUAUAAAUGGAAAGAAUCGAGAUUAACACAGAUUACGACAGUAACAGUAGCUCCAGCACAAUAAUUGACGAAGCUAACAGUUCAAUUGUCAAUGUUAAUUUUAGAGGCUCAUUUAAUGGGGUUAGUAAGAACAUUUAUGAUUUAAGCGAAUUUGAAGAGACUUCAGAAAUUUGUGAAAAAUCCUAUAUAAACAAUGAAACUUGUAGUGAACUUUUAAAAGGACUCUCUCAAAAAUAUUCUCCUGUUGCAACCUCUAUUUCAUCUCAAGCAAAUUCAAAUCCAAUUAUAGUUUUAUCUGAUUCUUCUUCAAACGAGGGUACAUAUAGCGAAGAUAUUUUAAAUGGAAAUGAAAUAUUUGAAAAUCAACAAAAUAACUUCAUGUCCGAUGAUAAUAACGAUGAAUUACAAAAUAAAUCUUAUUCAAAAACCCAAAGAUUGGUCAACAAAUGCAUUGCUCAAGAAAAAGAUAUAAAAACUGACAAUGGGAUUAAUAAAAUUAAAAAUGGUCUCAAAAGAACUAUAAACUACAAUGAGAAUGAUAUUGAAGAAGAUGUAAGAAGAAAGGGUGACAAAAAGAAGCAGAAAGAUCAAAAAUUGUCUAAAGAAAAACAAAGAGACAUUAAAAAAUCAAGUAAUCCUGAAAAAUUACUAGAAGAUAUUAUAGUUAAUAUAGAUGAAUCAACAUUUAAUAAUGUUGAAUAUGGAAGUACCAUUAUACAACAAUUGGAAAAUUGUGGAGUUGCAUACAGAAAACAUUCUUCACUAAUUGGUGUAAUUUCAUGGAGUAGAAAGAUUUAUUCAACUGAUAAUUCAAUACCUGAAGUUACUGAACAGAAAGAGACACAUUAUUUAAUUAUUUUAUUGCCACACCAAUUUGGUUCUCUUCUUCAGUUAAUACUAAACAUCAAAGAACAUACUAAUUUUCAUCAUCUAACUGUACUUAUAUAUAGUCUGAAUAAACCAACUUUUUCUCAAGAAGAAGAGAUGAUCCAAUUGGAUAUUAAUUUUCCAAUUUUCUGGCAGUAUGUUCCGACAAAAGAAGAUUUAGCUUCCUUUGUAUUUAUGGCAACAAAGUCUGUAGCUCAAAUUCCUUAUAAAAAACAACAAGAAGAAAAAUAUAAGCUUCAAAGUGAAUAUUUUAACGAUGCCAAUAAAGAUGUUGUUAAAGUUGAUAGAAAAGGCAAUGGAUUAAGUCGACUUUGGUGUCAGAUGUUAACAAUGUUUCCUUUAGCUCGAUUAGAAACAGCUGAAGCUAUAAUGGCUGAGUAUCCUACUAUGUCUUCAUUUUUUCAGGCUUAUAAAGACUGCGCGGAUACAGGUGAAGUGCUUAUUCAAAAUUUACCUAUUAGGAGAGCACUGGGUCCGACUGCAACUGUUAAAAAACUUGGCCCAGAACUCAGUCGCAAGUGUUACCGUCAUUUUACCUCGGAAGAAAAUAUAUUUUUAUAACUGAAUUUUUCAAAAAAUAUUUUAUUCAAAUACAUCUUUAUACAAUUAUAACGAUUGGAUUUUUUCUGUGAAAACCAGGUACAAAUUCGACAUUGCUUUAAUUUAAAAAAUUAAUAAAAGUAUUUGAAAUAAUGUUAAAUCGAAACAAUUGAUAACUCAAUUAAUAUUGUCUUAUAAUAUAUGCUCCUGCAAUUGUUCUAGAAUAUUGUACAAACUUUCUUAACAGGCAACGGUAGAUGGCGUGAGGCUGUCUACCCGUCAUAAUAUUUAUACUGUUUGCAUUUAGUAAUAGUGUAAUUGAGAAGAACAACUUUAAUUCCUUUUGUUUCUUAUCACAAAUUGACAACAAGGUAAGUGCCAAUAAGAAACGGAGCAAAUAUAACUCUUGACCGGCCAUGAACCAAUUAUGAUUUCAAAGUAAAUGAAAUUGUUGAAAACACAAAUUUAUUAAAACCAUUAUUAAGGCAAAUACAAUUAGUUUGAGGAAAUCGUAGUUUGUAUUUGUUUUGUGGAGCUCUAAUAACAUUAGUCAUAUAACAGUUACCAAGCUCCACUGGAGUAAACUUUUCGAGUGAGAACUUUAGUAUGAAAUGAUGUAGCUUGAAAUACUUUUUAAAGAAUAAAUUUCAAAUAAUUAAUUAGGAUAUAUGUCAAAUGAGUCCAAUUUUUGCGAAUCAGUCAUUUGAGAAACACCUCAUGUCCCUUUUGGGCCAAAAUGAGUUAGACAUAUUAAAUUGAUGAUGAAGUCUGGAUAAAUUUAAAAUUUCAACUUUAUAGUUUUAUAACAAAUAGUAUGCAAAAAACUUUUUUGGUGUACUCAAUGUACAAAUUUUGACUUGAAAAAACCAAGGACAAAAAGUCAAAGUCUACAUAACCUGACGUUGUUGGUAAACUUUAUGACUGGUAACUUAUCAAUAUAGAUGACAAUAAACUGAAUUGAGAAACAAAGUUUGGAAAAUGCAUGAAAACAAAAUAUUUUUAUAUAUGACAAAAUAUCUUUUAAUCAGUAUUUUUAGAAGCAAUACAUCAUUCCAUAUAUUGUCAUACCAUCGCAAAAAUCAGCUUCAACCAGAAUUUCGUAACAAUUAUUAUUGCCUCCGAAGUAACUUUUUUAUUUCACGGAAGUGAAUUUCGAAGACCAUUGUUCUUGUUAGUUAGAAAAGCGAAAUAUCUUCUUUAAAAGCAAAUCCGACACUGAGAACUACGAAUCGGAAAAAUAUCAAAUCAAUAGCCGUUUAUAUUUUUUUAAAUAUAAAGAUAAAAUUUUAUUUUGGUGGAAUUAGCUUACCAAAUUAUUGUAGGAACAUAAAAAAAUCACAAAAAUAUGUGAUGUUGAAUUAUGGACCAGCCGGAUUUGUUUUUGAUUUCUGGAAAAUUAAUUUUUCGAAUAUAAACUGUUUCUCAAUUGACCGAUUCAAGUGGUGCUAGUUUUAUGAAAGUAAAUAAAACAAACAACAAAUAAAAAAUUUUUAUUAGUUACAAAAUUUUAAUGAAAUUAAAUUUGGUAUAUAAAGUAUCGAAAACAAAAUGUACAUUACUAUUGAAUUGUCUCACUAUAAUGGGAAUAAAUAAUAAAAAUGUAACCUAAAUUUGUAUUUCAUUUAUAUUUAUAGUUACAUCUAUUUCAAAUUAUGAAGAUUUUGGUAGAAUUAGCUUAUAAAACCCUUGGAGAAACAAAAAAAAAUCAAUAUAUAUAAUAUGAGGUUGAAUUAUGAAUCAACGGGAUAUUUUUUUGAUUUCCUGAAAAUUAAUUUUUUUGCAUAUAAAUUGUUUCUCAAUUGACCGAUUCAACUGGUGCAUUUUAUAAAAAUAAAUAAAACAAACAACAAAUCAAAAAUUUUUAUUAGUUACAAUGUUUAAUAAAAUUAGAUUCGGUAAAAGUAUCGAAAAGAAAAUGUAAAUUGCUAUUGAAUUGUAUCACUAUAAUGGGAAUAAAUAAUAAAAAUGUAACCUAAAA